CUCUCUCUCUGUCUCUCUCUCUCUCUCUCUUCAGAAGAUGCAGGAUGAGUGCCAAGACAGGAGGAGUUGUCAGGUGCUUGUCAACAGUCGUCUCUUUGGAGCUGACCCCUGUCCAACCACCAGCAAAUACCUCACAUUGUGGUACAAAUGCAGGCCCAACGAGUACAAGAGUAAGGUAGUGUGUGAGGGUGAGCGUAUGCGUCUCAACUGUAAGAGUGGGAUGCAGAUCGCCGUCUACUCCGCCAUGUUUGGCCGCACACAGCAGGGGACGCUAGAGUGUCCUCCCAACCAGAGGAGGGCUCCAUCUGUAGACUGCCAAUCAGGUACCACCCUCCAAGUUCUGACAUCCCGUUGCCAGGGGAAACAGAGCUGCAGCAUCCGAGCCUCCUCCCGCGAGUUCGGGGACCCGUGCUACGCCGGCACCCGCAAAUACCUCAAUGUCAUCUACACCUGUGUCCCAAAGAAGCUGUUGCAGGAGUCCGUCCCGAACCACCCAGAUUCCCAGCCUGCCCCCCCACCACUCCAUGACCCAAACGUGGUGGGAGACAGCGCCCCCCCUGAUGGCACCACGCCUGUGACCACUGACGCCACACCAGGGAAGAAAAAGCGAGAGAGGGAGACCGUGCCGUUCUCGGAGGAGAAGAACCCACAGCCGUCGCGCCCCCCCAGCAUCAACGCCACGGCCCUCAGCGCCGACAUGGCCCUCAUCAGCAGCGCCCUGGCAACCUACACCUACAUCGCAGAGCACACGGAGCGGACGGCGCUUUACUUUGUGUGUGGCGUGUGCGUGGGCCUCUUCCUCACGCUCUUUGCCCUGGUGGUACAGAUCUCCUGCCGCACCGACUGCCCGCGGCGCCCGCACCGACCCUGCCGCUCCGGCUCGUCCUCGGCCAACCGCUCCUCUGGCCGCCGGCGGCACUCGGGCCGCGGGCCGCACCACCACGCCUACUCGGACAGCGACGACUCGAACUCGGACGACUCGGACUGGGACACGUGUUCGGACCUGUCGGCUCGACGGCACCGGCGCUUCGAGCGCACGCUCAACACCAACGUGUUCACGUCGGCCGAGGAGCUGGAGCGGGCGCAGCGGUUGGAGGAGCGCGAGCGAAUCAUCCGCGAGAUCUGGAUGAACGGGCAGCCGGACGUGCCGGGCACACGCAGCCUCAACCGCUACUACUGAGGCCGCCGUCGCCACCUACGUCUACCAAUCUCUUCCUUUCCGAUGGAGAGCAGAACCAAUAAACAGACCCUGACCAGGAGGAAAAGACAGGACAGGACUGCUGGGUCAAGGCCGGUUAGGGUCGGAGGUUCGAUUUUUUAUUUCUUACUUUUGAGUUUGAGUCUGGGUUUCAAUUGGCUCCGACUGAUGUGACAUGAUGUCAGCGUGCAUGGGACACGCCUUGUCUGAAGCUCCACCCUCUUCCUCCUCCCUCCCUCCCUGAGAAUAAACUGUCUCUUGAGUCGAGCGAAGCGCUGGUCGAGCAAACGGACCUCCCAUACUUCAGCCUUAAGCGCAAGCCCCUGAGGUGACCUUACUGGGUCUAUGCUACUCUGCACUUGGCUUUCUGACUUCAAACCUAACCCCUCUUCCUGGAAGUGGAGGGUGAUGGUUACUGGAGUUUAUUUUAUUUUAUUUUUUUAUCAAGAACCCAAAGAACUCAAAAGACAGAGCCUUGUGGGAGAUGUUUUUGAUUGUGGCAGCUCUGGAUGGACAGUUAAAUGCAGUUGUGUGGACAGGACCUCGGCUCUCUCUCCCUCCCUCUAUUUCUCUCUAUUUCCUUCUUCUCAUCUCCUGUCCUCACAGGAGGUUGGGCCUUUCAGCAGCAUUUAAGCUCUCACAGGAAGAAGAAAAGAAUAGUGCCUAAAAUUUGAGGUCUGUUGAAGGACAGUUUAAAAAUAUAAAUAUAUAAAUGACCUCGAUGUUAACCACACUGCCACUCUUUCAAAAGCAAAGGAGAAUAAUAAGAAAUAUUUGGUAUUCAUCUCAACCCUUAAAUCUAUUUUUAAUAUUUAAUAGUUUUAUUGUUUGAUGUUGUUGUUUUUUGUAUCUAAAUGGUAAUGAAAUAUUUUUAUACAGUGGCAAAGCUUUGUCUGACACCUCAGGGAUGCAAUCCUAGUGUUUCUGCAUACGAUUGUUGAUAUUUUCUUCCUUAGAAGGGAAUACUUACAUUGCUCGAGAUGUGUCAGCUAAAAAACACCAUUGAAAACCUCAAAGAGGUUGAAUACUUAAACAUUUUUUUCUAUAUAAAAUAUAUAUUGAUAUGUUAUGCACAGUGGAGUGCCUUAUACUGCUUAUUGGAUUUAUUUGGUUUGUAGGGCCCAGUCAAUAUGUAAAUUAUUGAUCAUGUCAUUGAUCAUGAUAUUUUUUUUUAUACUGAUGCUAGUUUCUUAUGCCCCUUGUUCAAUUUAUUUCUGACUUUGGUGAAGUGGCUUGCCAAAAGUUAUACUAACCAUGUGAUAUAUGUGGAAAAUCUCAGAUGGCUGGUUUAGUUGGUGCUACAAGCUAGCUAGUUUAGCUUUCGGGGAACAACGAUUUGCCUUCUUACUCGUGUCAAAUUAAGAGCACGGCCAAUCACAGGUCACAUUUUUGACUUUGCUCGUGUUCUAAAUAAAGGCAAAUGCUGACACACCAGAAACACGAAUAUUGACCUUGGAUACCAUGGAUAAACCAAGAAAUGUACUGGUGCAAAGUCAAUCAACCAGAGCCUCUCAUAUGCUACAUUUUUGUUACUUUCUGAAGGCAGGGCCUGAAGCUUCGCCAUGUAAAGCUCUGAAAGGUGAAGUCCUUCAGGUCAUAAUCUCAGUCUGAAGUACCCCUCCAUGAUUUUGUGAUAUGCACCUCUGAAACAACUUGCCUAAAUGCACCUGACGCCUUGUGCUUAAGAGGUUGUUGGCCUGGCCAGUUGUAAACAGCAAGCACAGUACGACAUGCUAUCACACCUAAAGAAACUCACAUGGUCAUAGCAGAACCUAGUGUGAUCCAUUCAAAUCCUGCCUUAAUAGAGAUGAUUUAGGAGCUAUUUAUGUAAGAUAAACACAAGGCAGAAAUUGACCCUCCAUUCAAAGUAAGGACACACUGAUUCAAUUGGUGUUAAAGAACAUUUAUCUUUUUUGGAUUCUAUAUUCUGUCCAUGUAUUCUAUCUGCAAAAUAAGCUAGUCAUUUCAGUGUCCCUAGUCUGGUAUUUUGCCACUUAAAAAUGAAAUGAUGUCAUUUUAGUAUUGUUUGCUUUUUUUUUUAAUGAGAGAACAUACAGAGAUGUUUCCUUAGAGAUAAACCCUAUUUCUUCUACAGAACAUCGUUUAGAGGGAGAAUGGAACUUUGUAAUUGGCUGAAGGCUGUGUGAGGCCAAAAUCUACUAGAGUUUGGAAUAAACUGCUUAUGGGGAAA